UCUCUCACCAAUGGAGUUUUAUCAAACGUCAAAAUGCAUUCUUUUGGCAAAAGUAGCGGUCGUUUUGACAUGGGGAAUGCUAUGCCUUAGAGCAGCGGAAUGCAGUGAUAAUACUGCAGGAUCAGUGGACUAUGAAGCAAUAAACUGUAGAAAGCACACUGCAUUUUUGACAGAUUUUGGAGGCAAAGGAGAUGGAUAUACGUCAAACACAGAGGCUUUUAGAAGAGCAAUUAGUGAAUUGAGCAAAUUUGCAACAGAUGGGGGAGCACAGCUCAUUGUUCCUCCUGGGAAAUGGCUAACAGGCCCUUUCAAUCUCACUAGCAAUUUUACUCUUUAUAUACACCAGGAUGCUGUCAUUCUAGCUUCUCAGGAUGAGGCAGAGUGGGAUUUAAUUCCACCAUUGCCAUCUUAUGGAAGAGGAAGAGAUGCUGCAGGACCAAGGUUUAUUAGUCUCAUCUUCGGAACAAACUUGACUGAUGUAGUCAUUACAGGUGGAAAUGGGACCAUAGAUGGUCAAGGUCAACAGUGGUGGACUAAAUUUCGUCAAGGUCAACUGACGUACACCAGACCUUACCUCAUUGAGAUCAUGUUCUCCGAUCAUGUCCAGAUUUCCAAUCUUACCUUGAUCAACUCUCCUUCGUGGAAUGUUCAUCCCGUUUACAGCAGUUUUGUGGUGAUCAAAGGAUUAACAAUCCUUGCACCAACUGAUUCACCAAACACAGAUGGGAUUGACCCAGAUUCUUGUUCAAACACCAGAAUUGAAGAUUGCUUCAUAGUCUCAGGGGACGAUUGUAUAGCAGUGAAAAGUGGUUGGGAUGAAUAUGGAAUAGCAUUUGGAAUGCCUACACAGCACCUAAUCAUAAGAAGACUUACCUGCAUAUCUCCUGAUAGUGCAGUCAUUGCUCUUGGAAGUGAAAUGUCCGGUGGCAUUCAAGAUGUUAGAGCUGAAAACAUUACAGCAAUCAGUUCAGAAUCAGGCGUGAGAAUCAAAACUGCUAUAGGACGAGGGGCAUACGUUAAAGACGUGUUUGUAAAAGGAAUGUCAUUGCAGACAAUGAAAUAUACCUUUUGGAUGACAGGCGAUUAUGGGUCUCAUCCUGAUGAUCAUUUUGAUCCAAAAGCGCUUCCUGUCAUUCAGGGAAUUAAUUUUAGGGAUGUUAUUUCUAAGAAUGUCACAAUAGCAGGGAAAUUAGUGGGGAUAAAAGAUGAUACCUUCAGCGGAAUUUGCAUUUCGAAUGUGAGCAUUGAGUUGUCAGAACAUGCUAAGAAACAACCAUGGAACUGCAGUGAUAUACAGGGUGUUUCUAGUCAAGUGAGUCCUCAGGCGUGUGCUCUGUUGCCUGAUCAGAAAAUUGAUUGUCCUUAUCCCAGUGAUACAUUGCCUGUUGAUGAGAUUCAGUUCCAGACUUGUGCUGCAGCUACUUACUGUUGAGUAAAAGAUAGAGAGAUGUCCAGCUAGUCCCGUGUUCUUAUUAUGCUUCAGAGUUUUGGAACCAUUAUGAAUUUUAAUUAAACGACAUCUGCUCCAGUACAUGUUUUCCAGUCUUCUAGUUAAAAUCAAGUUAUAGAUGUUACAUCAUAUGCUUCACUCUAGGACUUAGACACUAUGCCCUCGAGCAUACAUUAGCAAGUAAUCUUUGAAAGGACUAAAAGAAGCCAUAGGAGCUGUUGGGACAGCAAUUAGAUUAGCUCCUUGCAUCAGGUUUAUUAUAAU